AUGCUCUCCUUUUCUGCAUCAAACCUUUGUCACCUCCUGCUUCUGAGCCUCUACGGAGCUACAACAACCCUAGCCUAUGAUGCCGCGCCAACAGCAAUCAUCGAUGCUGGUGUCUUGAUAGGAAAGACCACCUCACUGCCCGUCGCAUUAGGACCAGUGAACCAGUUCCUCGGUGUCCCAUUUGCGCAGUCACCACCAGAGAGGUUUUCCGCACCACAAGCCCCAGCUCGGUUCCGCAAACCCAUCAAUGCUACAGCAUGGAAACCAGCUUGUAUCCAGCAAUUUCGAUAUCCGUUAGCAAGUUCGCAGGUGACCCAGCAGAUCUUCAACAAUCCGCGACCAGUCGAAUCGGAGGACUGCUUGUAUCUCAACGUAUAUGCGCCGUCUACUCCAGCAGGCGGUGCCGGCAGAGCUGUCUUGUUUUUCAUCUUCGGCGGCUCUCUCCAAUUUGGAAACGGUGGACAGCCGAUGUAUGAUGGAAGUGCAUUCGCUGCUUAUGAGGAUGUGAUUGUUGUGACGACGAAUUACAGAACCAAUGUAUUCGGUUUCCCAAGCUCUCCGGAACUGCCUCCAACAGGACACAACCUCGGAUUCCUCGACCAGCGCUUCGCUCUUGACUGGGUGCAGCGGAACAUUCAUGCCUUCGGCGGUGACAAGUCCAAAGUCACUAUCUUUGGCGAGAGUGCAGGCGCGUUCUCCAUCGACUCGAUGCUUACAAGCUAUCCUAAGGAUAGCAAGCCGCCGUUCCGUGCUGCUAUCCUGCAAAGCGGACAGUACAGUUAUCGUGCAGCUCCUUUCACUUCCAGUGUCCCUGCGUGGUACAACCUUACGGCACAGCUUGGCUGCCCAGGUACUUAUCGCAACAACUUGACAUGUGUUCGAGCAGCCCCUGCGACGAAGGUACAGAACAUCAUCAACAUGAACUCACUCAUCUUCAAUCCAGUGCCCGACAAUGUCACACUUGUAACAAAUCCAGCUGCGCAACGUCUGAGUGGAAAUAUCGCGCACAUACCUGUCUUGGGUGGAACCAACUCUCAGGAAGGACGAGUCUUCACUCUCGGACAGACAAACAUAACUGCAUUUUUGCAAGCUAAUUAUGCCGGCGCCCCUGCAUUCAUUCCCAUCAUCGAAGCUGCAUACCCCAUCGGCAGCAACGGCCUCGUCACCGGUAACGAUGUGAUUUCGCAAAUCGUCACAGACAUCACCUUCCAGUGUGCGCAAGCUCUAUGGGCCAACGCUACUGCCUCCAUUGGAAUCCCCGCCUGGCGCUACUACUUCAACGCAUCCUUCUCCAACACGCAGGCGUUCCCGACGCUGGGCGCAUUCCAUUCUUCAGAACUACCGCUCGUCUUCCGCACAUAUGAUCAGGCCAACGUAACAACUCAAGAACAAGCGCUCGGUCAAUUCAUGUCCGGUGCCUGGGCGAGGUUUGCAAAGAACCCGUUGGCAGGGCCGGGAUGGAAUCCGAUAGGUUCUGGCGGUGAGGGUAUGGUCUUGUCUGGUGCCUCUGAGCAGGUGCGUGGCGGUCUUUUGACGGAUCAGACCGCGGGUGUUGUGCCGGGCGACUGGAAUGUGGGUGUCCUUGGUGAUGUGGGGAGGGUUAAGGGGAGCGGUGUUACUGUGCUGCCUCAGUCUGAUCUGGACUUCAAAUGUAGUCUGUAUAGGCCAGUGUAUGAGGCUAUUGUGGGUUCGGCGGGGAUGCCACCGGUGUAAGACCACUUCCUGAUCUCGUCAGUUGCUUCGAGCGACUAGGAGAUUCUUCCACCAUUGAUAGAAUCGAGAACAACACGUAUAUAGACCAGUUGGUAACCUGUAAUAGUAAUUUGUUAUUCCGAAACUAGUAACUCCCCGCAUAACGAUGCUGAAUACAGCCACACUCAAACUGCCGAAGGCGGGGCAACAAACACCCGUUCAAGACG